UCGGCGGGCACGUGACUGCCGAAACCUAUCCGGGCAUCCGCUGACCCAGAAGCUGAGUCCGGGACUGCUCCGUCAUCGCCGGCCAGCCGCGGUCCCAGCUGCAGCAGCCCCCGCGCCCCCAGCCCCGCCGCCGCAGCCAUGCAGCCCUCCAGGCUGUGCCUCCUGCGUGCCCUUCUGCUGUGCGCCCUCCUGGCGCCCGCCAGCGCCCUCAUCAGAAUCCCCCUGCACAAAUUCAAGUCCAUCCGCCAGACCUUGAGGGAGGCAGGCGGCCCUGUGGAGCUGGCCAGUGCACCCCUCUCGAAGUAUGCGCUGGGGAGCCUUCCCAUCACUGGAGGCCCCAUCCCAGAGAUCCUCAAAAAUUACAUGGAUGCUCAGUACUACGGAGCUAUCGGCAUUGGAACCCCACCCCAGCAGUUCAUGGUCCUCUUUGACACGGGUUCUGCCAAUCUGUGGGUGCCGUCCAUCCGCUGCAGCCUGUGGGACCUUGCCUGCUGGGUUCACCGCAAAUACAACGGUAAACAAUCUAGCACUUAUGUGAAGAACGGGACGGACUUUGCCAUCCGCUACGGCUCAGGUAGUCUCUCAGGCUACCUGAGUGAGGACACGGUCACGCUCCCCUAUUCCAUGGAUGGGGAAGGCUUGGAAAGCAGCAGUCUGAAGGUGAAGAAGCAGACCUUUGGGGAAGCCACCAAGCAGCCCGGUAUCACCUUCAUCGCUGCCAAGUUUGAUGGCAUUCUGGGCAUGGCUUUCCCCCGCAUCUCUGUGGACGCUGUCGUGCCAGUCUUUGACAACCUCAUGAAUCAGAAGCUGGUGGAGAAGAAUGUGUUUUCCUUCUACCUGAACAGGGACCCCGCUGCCCAGCCCGGGGGGGAGCUGAUGUUCGGGGGCACCGACAGCAGGUAUUAUCAGGGGGAGUUCACGUACCUCAACGUCACGCGACAGGCCUAUUGGCAAGUGCACAUGGACGCGGUGAAGGUGAAAAGCGACCUGACCCUGUGCAAGGAUGGCUGUGAGGCCAUUGUGGACUCGGGGACCUCUCUCAUCACUGGCCCCGUGGAAGAGAUCAAAGGCCUGCACAAAGCCCUGGGGGCCAUGCCCCUGAUCCAAGGGGAGUACAUGUUCCCCUGUGACAAGGUGACCAGCCUCCCAUCUGUCUCCUUUGUGCUGGGGAACAAGGCUUUUGAGCUCACAGGAGAACAAUACGUCCUCAAGGUGAGCCAGGCUGGCCGAACCCUCUGCCUGAGCGGCUUCAUGGGCAUGGACAUCCCCCCCGCCGGGGGGCCCCCUCUGGAUCCUGGGCGAUGUCUUCAUCGGCCAGUACUACGCCGUCUUUGACCGGGACAACAACCGCGUGGGCUUCGCCAAGUCCCGCUGAUCGCCCAGCAUCCUGGCUCAUGCUCCACCUCACCUGUCCACUGGGGUGGGGGGCUUUCUAUCAGAAGAAUGUAGAGAGCAUAUGGUCCAGACAAGCCACUGUCCCCUCCAGCCCUCAUGAUGCCCAUCCACCACUUCCAGGGCCCCUGGAGUCCCACUGCCCCCUCCCCCACUACUCUGCACCCACAGCCCCCCAACCCCCACACACUCCUAGACAGACAAGGACCAGAGCUGCUGCUGAGAGCUUUCUGCCUGUGUCUUCAGGCUUUUGGGGAGAGAGGUUGGAAGCAGAGGAAGUGGGGGGCUUGGGUUAGCCCCUGGGAGAGGAGAAGCCUCCCCCCGGCCUCCAGGCUGCAGGGCCUCGGGCCACACUUUGCCUCACAUGCCCCCUUGUAUGAGGACAACCUUAUCAGCUGGUGUCUGCUAUGGUCCCCUGCCUCCCAGGCCUGAGCACAGGGAGGACUGGGGGGCCCAGAGCCCUGGCUCCAGAUCAGGAGGUCACAUCCUGCCUGAGAAUCUACUCUGAACCACUCCAGGGAGGGAGCUGAAAUGCUGUCUGGGGCCUUGGGGCAGCAGGUGGGCCCCAAGGCCCUGGGGAUGGGGGGAGGGGGCAGCUCUGGAUGUGAGGCUGGGACCUCCAGCCCUUCCCCCAGCCCUCUGCAUCUCUCUCACUCCUGUAAUUGCACAUGGUUGAAAUAAAAAUACUAGUUUUGGGGGGACCUUU